CAGGGAAACAUUAAAUAAUGGCUAUGGCAGCCUCCCCGUACGCCUCUACAGAGGAGACGACAAAUGCCUGUAGAGCCUGUCGACUUCUCCUGGGUCCGUGUACAGAUCAAAUGAGGGACGUUUUAGUUCACCAUGUACCACCGUCAACAGAAGUAAUCUUCCGCGCCUUACAGCACCACAAACAAAUCUGAUUUUACCUAGAGGUAGCAGUUAUACUGGAAACUAUAAUGAUAUGGACAUUCCUUUAUUGUACUCACUACUCAGAAACAUUUGUGGCAUAUCGUCUCACACAAAUGGUUGGGGAAAUGAUCCAAACCCCACGGACCGAUCUCUCUCUGCCAACAUUGAAAGGAUGCGUAUUGCUAGAAAUCAGUGUGUACAUUCUUCUAGUCCUGUUCUCUCCAAAACUGAUUUCAACACAAUCUGGUCCAAUGUAAGAUCAGCAGUAGUGAACAUUGAUUCCUUUCUUAACAAUGGAAACAAGUACGAAAGAGAGGUGGAUUUUUUGCGAUAUGAGACCAUGGACCCUGACCGUGACCGUCAUUAUAUUGAAGAAUUGAGAAAACAAGCGGAAGAAGAUGCAUCAACUAGAGAAAAAGUCCAUUUGCUGAAACGUGAUUUAGAAAUGCGUGAUACGGAUAGAAUAGAAAAUCAGAAUAAAAUGCUAAAAAUUGUUGAUGAAAUUACAAAUACAACUGUUCCAAAGAAUGUGAAAGGUAUGUCUAAACAUGUAUUAAAGGAAAAUGAUAAGCGCGGAGAAAAUUUUGUAAAAAAGGCAUUAAAUUUUCCAAUAAUAUGAAUAAUGAAAUUAAAAAACGCAAAACCCUCAAAACAGAAGACAUAGAAAUUAUCAAAAAAGUACUGGUAAGAAUUAAAAAACAAAACAAAUCAGAACAACAAAAAAUAAGCGAGGCAUUACCUACCAUUAAAGAGUGUGAAGAGAUACUUAAAUGGAUAACAAUUAAUCUCCUGGUCUACAUGGCAAUACUAUUAUUAUUAAUAUUACGAAUUGUGUUGGAAUGAUAUAAUGAAUUCCUUUAUUACUCACUGUUAAUAUCUUUUAAAUAUGGUGAAUUACAUGUACCAGCAUCUAAAAAAAAUUCGCCGUUUUUAUUCCGAUACAUAAAAAGAGCAAAAAAAAAAAAUUUAAAAAACCACAGACCCAUAAGCCUAACAGACUUGGGUAAAAAAUACUUGCAUUUGUUUUUGCUAGAAGAUAAAGUUUUAUUUAAAAAAAAUGAAGACCUGUCAGCAUAUAUUAAUGGUCGAUGUAGUAAGUAUAGAGAAUAAUGCUCAUCUAAUUUAAGAUAUAUUUGACUUUUGUGAAAAUUAUAAAUGAGAA